CGACCUGACGACUUGGUCGUGUGUGGAGGAGCGGCUUCCAACGGAUUUCCUUGACACGACAUGUAGAACAAGAAGAGAGUGUUGCGCUGACAGUGAACUGUAUUGUAGUGGCGGCUCUACGCAUCUGAUGUAGUGCAGUUUGAAGCUGUGACAGCAGUGACAGGUUGAUGCCGCUUUGACGACGGACGAAACGGCGUCUAUUAAUGCUCGAGCAGAAAGCGCAAUGGCUUCAGCAACCUGUGUCUGUUGUUUGUCUCGACAAGCGGCCAUGAGCUGUAAACUCUCGGACAGCAGUCUCAACUUCUGGGUCCGCCCCCGUGCAGCAUGGUGGCGGAGUUACCAAGCACCAGCGCAGCGGAUAUCGAGGCAAGGGGAACGACUAUCCGGAGCUGGCAUCCAGCAUUGCGGUGGCGCCAGGACGCGCCGACAGAGAACAAGUGCGCGCUGCCAUCGUCUUCAGACGCACGUCAACCGAGCCCGAAUCGCUUCAAAAGCAUGGCAAGCGUCUGGCGGAUGAUUCAAUGGCCGUCGGGCUGCUCUAUCCCCAACAGUUUUUGCCCUAGAAAAAGGACCAAAAUCCGUUUAAGUAGGACGGAGUUUUUGCGAGCUUCAGCGUAUAGGUCAAACAAUUACUUGAAGUUUGUAAGGAGGCUCGUUUUUUAAGGGCAGCGUGUCAUUUAUAACAAGUGUUUUUGACAAGUAUACGAAGAUCCUGAUGACUCUCCAUCUACCAAUCCUGUUAUGAUUUUCAUACCUUGAGACCCG